AUGGCAACUGAGGAACCUGCCACUGAAAAUGUCGAUGAGAAACAGCGACAAGAAGAGGAAAAGCAAAAGAAUGUCCUUGGUCUGACCAAAAAGCAGCGCAAACGCGAACUCAAAUUUAUAGCUAAUGAAUUACGUACUAUUCCAGAGGAUGCAAGCGAUGAAGAUAAACUUAUUGCACUCUAUAGGAAGUUUCAAAUCCUUAAUUCUGAAAACAGUGACAUGAGUUCAAAGCUCAAGCUUACGGACAGACGCAUUUUGUCUGUUGCGGCCGAGCGUGAUCAGUACCUUGACAGCUUUAAUCGAGCAAAUAUGCAGAAGGAAAAGUUGGAGGCCUUGUGCAGGGAACUUCAGAAGCAGAAUCACUUGAUAAGGGAUCAGAGCAUAGCGAUGGCGCAGUCAGAAGAUGAGAAGCGGAAGGAAGUUGCUGACCGGUUUCAGAGUGGAAUUAACGAAAUUCAAGCCCAAUUGAACGAUUAUUUGGAGAAAAAUAAUAAACUCCGGGAAGAGAAUCAAAUGUUGGCUGACAAACUGCAGAAGUUUAUCUCGGACCACGAGAAACGUGAAGAAUAUGUGCAAAAGCUGCUGAAGACACGAGAGUUGGAGACAAAGCUGGCGGAGGCGAAGGCGGUUCAGGCGCGGGCAGUUCAGGAGCAAGCGGUGUUGCGUGAGAAACGUGAGACGGAACGCGUUCGAGAGGAGUGCAACCUUCUUAAACAGCGUCUCGAGGCGCACCAAUUGGUGGAGGAGAAGCUCAAAGAGCAAAUUGAAUUUUACAAGAACAAAUACCAGUCUUUCAAUAAAACUAUGGCCAAAAGCAACGACCUCAUCGAAAACACCAAGAAGGAGAUGCAAAAAGUGCUGGUUCAUUCCUACCUCUUUUGCAUGCUCUCUUCCCCAACUGAAGUCAUCUCUGGGUUGGAACUGGAUGCAGAAGUAAAGAGGUUUGCCAAUGUGGUCAGUCCGAUGACGAAACAUGUGCGCACUGCGGAAUCAGCAGCCCUAGAGUGGCGUAGCAAAUGGGAGGUGAGUCAGAAGGCUCUCUUGGACAUGAUCGACGAAUGUCGCAAAGAAAAGGAGAAAACACAGGCCCUGCAGAAACAGGUUGACAGCCUAUCUAGCCUCUGUCGUGCUCUACGAGCUGGCAAAUCCUCGACCCCCAUAGUUCCUGACUUAUAG